AUGGGCUGGUUCUGGGGAAACAACAGCAAUAUCGACACCAAGGGCGCGGUGGACAGCUUGGACCCCUCGCUACGAGACUUUCUGAACAGCGAGUCGAAGACGCGACAACAGCAACAGCAGCAACAACCCACACAUUUACCGCAAGACACACCAUCAUAUCGCUCGCAAGUCGGCAUCCCCGACGAACCGCAAGAACCCGCACAAGCACCGAAGAAUGAGAACGAAGUGCCAUCGCAAUCAUUGUAUCAAGAUGGCAGAUAUGCGCAUCUCUGGAAGAAUUACCGUCCGCAAGAACAAAUCGAACAAGCCGGUCGCAGCGAAAACGAACGACUAGCCGACGUCAUCGACACAUACAAUGAUCGCAAAGCACGUAUUGGCAGAGCAGCACUCGAGAAUUGCGCACUGGAACAAUGGGCUGAGCAUGAAUGUUUCGAGAGUGGUGGUAUCGCAGCGAAAUUCAUGCUUUGCAAGGAGCAGACGCGCUCGUUCAAUCGAUGCUACACAAUGCAGAGUCGCUUCUUGAAGGCGUUGGGAUACUUGAGUAUGCAGCGUACUGCUGAUGAGGAAGAACGCAUUCAAAUGCAUGCCGACAAAUUGUAUCACGAGAUGCUGGACCGCGAGAAGGCUAUGAAAGAGGCAGAGGCGAACCAGCUGCCCAAACCGGACUUCAAGCCACUCAUCACAAGUACAUCAACUGCAGAGGCAUUGGGUACUCAGCAACCAGCCGCCGCCGCUCAAGCUGCUUCAACACAAACACAAAGAGAAGGUCUAGACAUGUACGCAGGAGAGAAGCGCAAAGCUUUGGAACAAUCUCUGGCCGACAAGACUCCUGCUGAACGUGAGAUUGAGAUUCAACUCAUGGCUGGUGAAGCAAGAGCCAAUGCUGAGUACGCCGCUGUCGUUCAUGAUCACUUUGAAGCAGAGAAGAAGACAAGAGAAGGUAGAAAAGAACGUGGUAGAGAGACUGUUGGAGAUGCCAUCAAAAGAGCUUGGGGUUGGGAUUCGAAGUAGUCAGAUCAAAACACUAUCUUCCUUUCCUCUUUCCAUCGAUCACCAAGGCUGUACCAUGUCUUUUCUGAUCACCUUGCCGACAUGCUCGUCAUACUUGCCCUCUACCACAUCGACAGUAAAGCCUCCGCCGACCGAGGGAUCGAGAGCGCCCAUCUGUGCAUUAUGUCAGCUUGGUUCCUGCACGACAAAUCUCAAUCACACAUACCUUCUUCAAUAUCUCCGGUCCCACACCACCAAGCCCAGUAGCCAAGAACCCAGGCGAAAUAGCCCACACCUUGACACCAUCAUUCUUCAACACACGACACCAAUCCCUCAUCAACAUAUUCAACCCAGUCU